CCCAAUGAUCUGUAAUGCGCUUGCGCAUCCAACGAUCCAACGGCUAUUUCGCGCGCGGCUUUUAGCGGUGGGACAAAAUAGCAGAAAAAGAUAAAAAAUCUGCCAAAUAAUUCACUUGCACUCCAUCUCUUAUAAGAAAUUUUUACAACAUGAAAACUUGUCUGCGCAGCACAAACAAGCAGCAGUGAAGCAGCUGGCACCAAGAAUGGCUCCAAGUCAGAGUGAAAAGUUGGACAAUAUCAUUGAUGAGGUGUUAAAGAGUGGGAAUAGACAACCACUUGAAGCGUUUUUAGAAAGGUACACAGACAAAGAAGUGCCUGUGAAAUGUUCCCAAAAGUUCCUCAGCAAACUGGAUAAACUGAUCACAAAGAGCUUGGACCAAAAAGAUGCCAGAACAGCCAGUUUGGCUGUUGCUAUCAUCUACAAAUGUGGGAAAAACCUGGACAUUCCUGGUGGUCGAGGACUCUCAGGUUUAAUAACCCAAAGACUAAUGAAUAAGAUGGUACAGUGGUUUGAGAAAUGCAAACUUCUAUGGAUCCAACAUGGCCCACUUUGGGAUGAGACCAUGUUCACGCUGUCUGAGAACUUUUUUAAUGCCUUAAUGGUGGCUCAUGAGUCUUGCAGAGAGGGAACUUUCAAAGUCACUGAGUUCUUCCUGUACCCUAUUGGUCAGUUGGCUGUAGACCCCAAAAUCUACAUCCUCAUUCAGAAAGAGGCAAUUCGUAAAUAUAACUUGAUUCUGGACAAAAUUCCGGCGGAGUUUAAGAAAACCAGACAGAUCCUAACAUCUCAAGAGGCUGCAGAUCUCAUGGCCAAACUGGCAACUCGAAUAUUGGAGGGUGGUGAUUAUGACUUACAGUCAUCACUGAUGGAAGCCUUAUGCAGGAUGGCCACUGCUGAACAAAGGAAAAAGUUGGCAAGUCACUGGUUCAGCAUGGGGCGUGUGGCCAGUGCCUUUGCUCAGAUCAAUGAUUCAGAGUUUGAAACGGCCUGCCGCGGGUUCCUGAACAUGGUGAAUGGGAUGCAGGGAGACAGAAGAAGAGUGUACUCCUACCCUUGUUUGGAAGUUUAUCUGGGCAAAUAUGAGCUGCUGAAGCCUGCGGAUGAGAAGCUGGCUGAAUUCUGGAUUGACUUUAACCUGGGCAGCCACAGCAUCUCCUUUUACUUCUCGUUGUCUGGUGAAGAGGAGAGUCACUGGGAAACAAUCUGCAUCAAUGAGAAUGAAGUCCAGAGCUACACUGUUAGAGAGGAGGGAAAGAGGAAGGUUUUGCAGAUAAAGCUGUCGGAGGUAGUUUUUAUCGGUACCGUAGAAGGAUCCAGCCUUACCAUCCAGUUCAGCUCCUCUCUGGACAUCCUACAGGCUGCUCAAAGUGUCUAUGGACUCAACGUUGUUCCAGAAAGCCAGGUGUCCUACGGUGAAAGUGAGAAAAAGCCUGCACCAUAUGUUUUACCGGCCCCGGCUGCACCUGUACAGAUGGUGACCCCUGCCAGAAUCAGGUUGUCGGAGUCUACAGUUUGUAUCAGUAGCAGCGAAAGAGGAACUACUCGUAGUGUCAGUUCUCUUGUUCUAAAGCCUCCAGACAAAGACAGAAGCUCUGUGGAGAAGAAGAUCUUUGUGGCAGAAGCAAAACAAGUGGGUGUAACUGGACAGGAAGAAGAAAACUGUCAAGAUAAUUACUUUGUGCCUGACACUCAGCCCAGAGUGCGAGACAAUGUAUCCUUCAGGAAGAGCAGCCUUUCUGUGUCUGAAAUGUUAAUGAUGCCAACACAGAAAAUGGGAUCUGCGCCCAGGCCUGUGUCCAAUUUAAGAGUGCUGGGACUGCUGGAACGUUGCCCGUCCUCUGCGCAGAGAUGGUCCGUUUCAGACUCGGACCUUGUUCUUCAGAAGAAGCUUCAUAGUGAACUCACUCAGCGCUUGCAGCAUGUUCUCACAGAGAGAAAGACAGAUCCUCAAUAUCAGGAGGAAUCUGCAUGUCAGACAAAUGCAUCAAAAUCUAGAGGCAACUCUAAAGACAGAGGCUCAGGAACAGUGCCCGGUUCUUCGUUGCAGUCCCCCAAUGUGAAGCAAGUUCGCAGAAACGAUCAGAGAAAGGGCCAGAGGACACUGGAGGCAGACACUGUUCCAGAAGAAACUUCAGACAAGACGUCUGCAGGAAAAAAUAAACCAAACAGAAAAGAAUCCAAGAAGGACGCAGAUGUUACAGCCAGCAUGAUGAAGCGUAUCUCUAGUCAUUAUGAAAUCAACACUCGAUCCAAAGCAAAAGACACCAUAGAAAACAACAUUCCGAUCUGGAAUCCUCCUCGCAUCAGCAGUAGAGCAGUCUUCACCAUGAGCAUGGUUUAUUCUGGCAGAAAAGAAGCACCAAAAGAUGCAAGUUUGAGGAAAUCUUUUACGAAAACGACAACAGACUCUGUCAGCAACAUAAAAGACAUCUUUGCAUUCAGCAAUGAUUCGCCUGUCGGCAUUGGGGGCGUGAACAGAACCCUCAAUAAAACCUUUGACACGUCAAAAAGCUCUUCGGUAUGUCUCAGCACAAACAAGGCACAACCUAAACCUGUGGCCAAGAAGAAGAGAUACGUGAAAGAACAUCUGUUUAGUGACACAGACACAGACAACGCCCCAACAGAGGUCAGCUGGCUGAAAAAGUCAGCCAGGAGGUCCAAACCUCAAGUUACCAAAUAUCCCAAACAGGCACUUAAGAAACCCAAAGCUGCCUCUCCUUCGUCUCUACACACAUUUCCAGACGUCCUCCCAUCUGUUCAGAAAGACUCAAAAGGUGAUAAGAAACCAAAGGCUCUGAAUCCACCAAAGAUGGUGGAACAAGCUCCCAGAAGACCACAUGCAGCAGGCAGGAGGUCCAGACAAGCAGCAGCCAGCUCAGCCAAAAGCUACCAAGAGCCAGAUACUGAUGACGACCAGUCUGAAGCAGAAAAGCCUCAGCCACCCAAAUACACAUCUACUGAUGACCUCAAGAGUAGUGGGAAAAUUCAAGACACCGUUCAAACCAAGAAGAACACAACCACCAGCAAACCAACGUCUAAAAAGCUACAGCUGCAUCCUGCAUCAGAGACAUCACCUCCCACCAAGGCAGAAGUAGCAGAAGCUUCUACACAUCGUGGAGGGCUGCAGGAAAACAGGGAGAAGUUCGAUGAAGAUCUACAAAUGAAAAAGAAAACCGUUAACAUGUCUGAAGAGAGCUACAGGAGAACAGACACUAUCAGUCGGGCAGAUUCAAAGAAGCAAAAUAUCCCUAAGGCUCAGCAGGUUAAACCUGGGAAAGCUCUUCACAAAACUUUGAAGUCGAAUAAGAAAAGUGUCGUCCAUGCCCGAGAAGAGACGAGUGCUUUGAAGGAUUCCUUGGCUGCCAGCCAGACCUCUUUCUGUCUAUCUCCUCCUCCCAUCGAGGGAAUGAGAUCUGUUGAGAGGUCAGCUCCGACAUUGGAUUUGACCUUCCCGACUGUCCUCACCCCACGGGAAUCUCCACUCCCUGCCUCCCCUAAGCCUCCCUGCCAGGAAACCCCCUCACCAAUCCCGCUGCUACCCAAACUUCACUCGGCCGUCGGCAGUAAAGAAAAACGCAAACCGCCUUCUUUGCACAAAGCAGAGAAAGGCCACCGAUCGUCCAAGAUCCAGUUCAUCAAGUCCAUCCCGUCUCCCUGUUCAGUGGGGGGUCAGACCCCAGCACCCAGUCCUCCCACUGGACCUGAUGCAGCAGAGAUGUGUGCAGUCCAGCAGCAUCUGUCCUCAGCACUUCCGUCUCCUUUAUUCACUCAACCCUUGCUGACAUCCUCUCUCCUUGUGCUGGACCAGCCACCUGUAGCCUUGCCUCCUCUGUCACCGUUGGCUGAAAAUAGCAUUAGCCAAGGCUGCCAACUUGAAUUCAGCAAUUCGUCUCCAUUGUCCCUCGGUCCAUCGAGUAGGUCAUUAGCACCAGGCAGAAAAAGUAAGGAGAGGUCUAUGGCUACCAUGAUUGACUCUUCCAAAUCAGAGAAAACGCCGCUCACUGACAAGGGAACAGAACUGUCACAGCCUCUUGUCUCAGGACCCACUCGUAAGCGCCGUGUCUCAUUGUCCAGUCAUUCCGAUGAAGAUGAGACGGAACAAAAAGUGAAAAGUAGAAAGAGAAGACAGAACUCUCCCCGAAUGAAGCCCAGGAAACUUUUUAAGUCCUUUACUGAGAUGUCCACUACAGACGAGUUUAGCCACAUAAGUUCCUUUAACUGGGAAGCUGAAGAGGCGGGUGGAGAUGUGGACUUGGAUGAAGGUUUAGAGUUGCCACCAACUGGUUUAAACACAAGUGACAUUUGUCAUCAGUGGGGAUCGAAGCUGAAGAUAAAGCUCCAGAGCCAAUGUAACAUAAUGGAGAGCUACAACAAGCAGUCUUUGAAGACCAUGCAGCAGCAUGUCACCUCCAUCAAUGUUAAACUCUGCAAGUACAGAACUCAGAAGCUCGAACAAAUUAAAAAGGUCCUUUUGGAAGAGAUUCAUCAUUUGGAGCAGGACGACGUGCUGAAAAACAUGGAAAAAGACCUGAAUAGUCACUGGAAAAAGCAGAUGACUGCUUUUCAUUCUCACCAGAAGCAGGAAACCAGAAGAAUUGACACAUUGAGGGGUACGUUUGGAUCAUGCCAGAGCUUAGAGUCAGAGGAGAGAAUCUUCUCAUCAGAGAUGGACUUGGUAAGGAAAGAGAUGAAGUCCAUUCAGGACCGAGUCCUCAACGAGAUGCUCGAGGGUGAGAUCCAGAGUGUGAAGAGAGGACUGCACGCAUUGUUUUUCCCUUGACUGAGCCAGGUUUGAGUUGAAGGUCUCUAUAUGGAAAAGGGAUGUUUAUGUCAAUAUGUUACGCAUAUUUCAAUGUGCAGGUUCUGAUGUGGUCAGAAUGUUUGUGGUUGCAUGAAGUGUAUUUCCCUUUUCGUCAGGCUCUUCUUUAGUUUUAAUGUACCAGUAAUUUCAGCACUGGUCUGUACUUUAUAUACACUCUGCUGUUGUUUUUAAUUCUAACUCUUUAAUGAAACUUCUGACACUAAUAUUUAGAGAUUACCUUCAGUGUGAACUGUGACAUUUUAAUAUACAUGUAUAUAUUUAUUCAGAAACUUUUGAGUCAUAAGUUAGCAGCUAAACAUUGAAAUUCUAAAAUGUACUUGUUACGUAUAAAAACGUCAACUACUUUAUUCUCAGUUGCAAAUAAAACUGUUAAAAAGCAAA